AUGAAUGCUAAUAUAAAACUUUCAAUUUAUGAAAACCUGCAAAAAGGAGACCAGCUGCCUCCGUUUCAAUGUAUCGAGAAAUUCAAAAAUACCGGAAAAUUAACUGGAACUGGAAUGGCUCCGCACGUUUUAAACUUAGCUGAAAUCAGCUGCUUGUCCGUAAAUAAGUUGUGCAUUGCUAGCACACAAGUUCUCGAUGAUAAAGAACCACGAAACGCGAACGAUCAUGAAGUUUUGAUAAAUUAUUAUGAUUGUACGGGAAGUACACGCGUUAUGAUCAAUCAGCUUCUGGAAAAACUGCAGCUGAAGCAUGUCUAUACUAUCUCAAUCACUAACGAGAGAGACUACAAUGGACAAAUUGGACAUUUCACGAUGUUGGCAGCCAUCUGGAAAAGUUUGUCGACUUUCGAAGAAGGCGGCGCUGUUGGAAAUGAUGAAGAUAAUAUAUGGUUAAAGGACAACUUCCAAAGAUAUUUGAUUCAUAACGAUUUCCAAAUGCAAUAUAAGGAAAUGGUGGUGUCUGCCAUCUUCGACGGGAGCUCCACUGAUGCGUUUUUGCUUCCGAUCCCUGGCGUGGAAGAAACCGUCAGAAGAACAAGCAGUGUGAACUUCUGGAAGAAAUGCGAUUUGAUGUUCGCGAGCACCAACCUCCACAACGAAUGCUUCCGCACCAACAGCCUGUUUUCUGGAAAGAAUAAAUGCGAAGAACAGUCCUCCACCAUCAGGAGACAGCUCGGAGAGAGGAACAAUCGGCUUGCUCUUGAUGAAGAUCUUGUUCCGAAGCUGAUGAUGUUGAAUUCAUCCUAUCGCACAUCUGGAAAUUCUAGUGAGAAACACGAGCGGCGGUGCUAUGAAACUAUGAAAAAUCUCGAGAAAAGACACCCCGAGAAAAUUUGUGGAUUCGAAAUCGUUCAGGGAGGAAUAUUGAUCGUUUUGAAGAAGGAAAACUUGAACAAGAAAGAGUUCGCAAAGACGAUCAUGACGAACAUUAUCCAAAACUUGAGUGGAAUCACAGAAGUAAGAAUUGAUUACAUCUAUCCUUCUCGCGAACCUCGCUCUUUUUCGUUUGGAGGAGAUAUGGAAUGGAACACCGAUGUGGAAAGUGAUUGUUCGGAUAUCGGAGAAGAAUAUGGCAAACGACGGAAGGCGGAGAAGCCCUCAAGAAAUAAAAAAUUGGUCCAUGAGGACUCAUCUGAUGAAGGUUCCGUUGAGUUAAAUUGA